AUGGAUCAAAGAGGAUGUAGUUCGGGCGGGGAGGGGGUUGCCCAAGUUUAUCGCACGUUCAAGCUCAAGGCUUGAGAUUGCAUCACAGCAAUGCAGAUGUGUGCCACAUGAAGUACCACAGUACAGUACGUGUCCAGCUAAGGCUGCUACAGUCCUGUACGAGCCCCAACAAUGCAAGUCACGCAUAGGAAACAAUAGUUCUUCUGUGCGA